AUAAUUUUCUCUAAGUUUCGGACAUCAUGGAUGAUGGAUCGGUAGCCUAGGAAACGGGUGUAGCUACAAGACAACAACACUACCUAUUACAUAAAAAAUACUUCACAUUUUAGUGAUAAUUAAUCAAUUACUUAAUUGAGAUAUUGUUAAAUUAAUAUUUUGUUUCUUGUCAAUUUUAUUUCAAUCUAUUUACUGCGUGUAAAGUGAUUUGACAGUGGUAUGGCUGGCAGACUUCGAGUGUGAGGGUUCGGAGGUGCUGGUGGAGUCUACGCCCCCCGCUUCCCCCGCCCCCCGCGAGAUGGCGGCGCGGCUCGCGGCGCCCGCACAGGUCACUCUCCUGUCUACAGGCGCGGGCGGAGGCGCGUCGCCGAGUGCCGUUCGGGAGCUGAUAGUUAUACCGGAGCUGCCCAACACCAUACAUCUGCAGCAUGCUAUACAUCAGGUGUCAAACGUGGAGGUGAAUGGAGAUAGCUCAGGUCAAUCCAGCCCCAGCACGGAAGCGCAGCACACAUACAUUGUAGCGAAGCGGGAAUGGACGCCGGCGCCGGUCAAGAUCGAGCAAGAUAGCGACCCGGAAAGCGAGGGCGGCACCGGUGUGAACUACCAUGUCCAGUAUGUGGAGUCCCAGGAAAUAUACACGCAGCCCGGCCCGCAGCCACAGAUGGAAACCCUGCGCACGUAUCCCGUAUACAGCGUGGAGGGGGGUGAGGGGGGUGCGGGCGAGUGGUGCGAGCUGUACGCGGCGCCGGAGCGGCCCGCCUCGCCGGCCUCGCCCGCGCCGACGCGCAUGCCGCCCGCCACCGUGCAGUGGCUGCUCGAGCACUACGAGACCGCUGAGGGCGUGUCCCUCCCGCGUUCGACGCUCUACGCCCACUACCUGCGUCACUGCGGCGCGCACCGCCUCGAGCCGGUCAACGCGGCGUCGUUUGGCAAACUCAUCCGCUCGGUGUUCGUCGGCCUGCGUACUCGUCGCCUGGGCACGCGCGGCAACUCCAAGUACCACUACUACGGGAUACGAGCCAAGCCCGCCGCUGACCUGCCGUACAAGCCCGACGCGCCCGCCGAAGACCCGCCCAUACAAGAUGAUAAGGAGGGCCGUGCUGGGUCAGCGGACACUGCGGCUGCGGCGGCGGCGGCGAGCGCGCACAGCGAGUACCUGGGCGCGGUGGUGCCGCCCGACCCGCCCGAGCUCCACAUCACAGACCUGCCUGAUGAUCUGCCGCCGGACUGCCUGCAGAUGUUGAGGGAUCAGCACCGAUCGCACGGUGCGGAGUUCCUAGCGGCGGUGGCGGCGCUAGACACGUCGGGCGUGGAGCGGGCGCGGCGCGGGUUCUGGCGACGCGGGCGGCGCGUGCUGUGGCGGCUGGCGGCGCGGCGUGACGUGUGCGCCUGGUUGCGACGCGCCGACCUGCGCCUCUACCAGCGGGCCGUUGAUCUGCUCCUGCCUGACGUACUGCGGCCGAUACCACCAGCUCUUACUCAGUCGAUCCGCAACUUCGCAAAAGGCCUGGAGGCGGCGCUAGCGGCGGGCGGGGCGGGUGCGCCCGCCCGUGCGGCGCGGGCGGCGGCGGCGGCGGCGGGCGCGCUCGCGGCCGCGUUGCGACGGUACACCUCGCUCAACCACCUUGCUCAGGCGGCGCGUGCGGUCCUCAACAACCAGCACCAGAUCCAGCAGAUGCUGUCUGACCUCAACCGCGUAGACUUCCGCGUCGUCCGCGAGCAGGCCACCUGGGCCUGCGCCGCCGGCAGCGCCGCCGCCGCACACAGACUGGAGGCUGACUUCAAGUCUUCAUUCGCCGCAACUCUCGGUCGCGGUCUGGGUCUCGAGGCGUGGGCGGCGUGGCUCGAGGGUUGCGUGCGCGCCGCACUCGCGCCGCACGAGCCCGCCCCGCCCGCACGCUCCGAGCGCUACGUGCCGCGCGCGCGACGAUUGCUGCUAGACUGGUCCUUCUACUCCUCGCUUGUUAUACGCGAGCUCACUCUUAGGUCGGCGGCGUCGUUCGGCUCGUUCCACCUGAUCCGUCUGCUGUACGACGAGUACGUGUCGUUCCUCAUCGAGCGCCGCGUCGCCGCGCACGACCGCCGCGCCCCCAUCGCCGUCAUGCGCCGCGACGAGGACGACGAAGAAGGCGAGGGGGAGUGCGGGUCGGGUGGUGACGGCGAGGGGGGAGAAGGGGGAGAGGGGGAGGCGGAUGGCGCUGAUGGGGAGUGCGACGAGCCCGAAGACGAAUGGGACUGGGGCGACGACGACGACGAGCCAGACCUCAAACGCGCGCGCCUCGACGACUAGCCCUCGUGCGUCGAGUUGUAUUACGUCAUACAGAACAUGUGAUACAAUGGACUAAAGUGUUAGCUGAUAGUAGCCAUACGUAAUCGUACAUAAUCAUAAGUUUUAUGAUAUACGUGUCACUAUUAUUCCUAGCGUAACGAAAAGAGAUAGACAUACAUUCACGUCUUGUAUAUCUUGUCUAAAUAACGAGCGUAGAUUUUGAAGUCAAACUAUCAAUGUUCAUUGGCGUACAAGUCAAAAUUAUACACCUCGUAAAACAAUGUCUUUUAAUGCACUAAUAUUUGAAUGUUAGUUACAAAUUAGAAUUACUAUAUUACUAUAACUUCAUAUUUUUGUAAGCGAGUCAACUAUACUCUAUUGUAUGUAGAAUGUGUUGGUGUUUACAUAAUGGAAUAUAUAAUAUUAUAUAUUCCAAACGUCUAGUCCGGCGAAGCGAGUCUGUAAAUAUUUGCCAUAAAGUUGCAACUUGUGUUUGGUUGUGAUUAUUACAUGUAAGGCUUUGUAAAAUACGCUAUACAUAAUACCUGUGACAAGUACACUGUCAUCUUCAAAGAAAAUAGACGCACACACACUUUCCGUUCUGAUUGAACAUAACACGCGUAGAUGUAAACAAAAAUCGACCUAAUAGACGUGCCAUUGUAUAUCUUUAUGGCACGGUAAAUAAGUGAAUUUAUGUUGUAGACGUAGCUAUAAAACUUAAGUAUUUAGAGUUGGUUCGAAGCACUUUCAAGAAAUUGUUGUAAUAUGUACACUAAGUACUGCUCAAUAACAAUAAAAACCACAAUUAUUAUUUUAUAGCUAAAAGUAUUAAGAGUACAAAUAGGCAGAACGUUUCUCUGUUUAAAUUUUUUUCUUGCAGCUUUUGUCUUCAUUAUUUAUGUUAUGUGAAAUAUAAACUUUAAAUUUGCGAAAGCUCAAUUUGUAAUUUUAGGUGUUAAGUAUUUAGAUACGAUCGCAUCUUGGGAAAAAUAUGAAAAAUGCUGGCAAACUUAUCAGAAUUCAAUUUCGGUAAGAAAAUUUUGUAUUUUGGUUUGUAAAAGAAUUCUGAAUAAUUUUGCCAGCUGUAAAAUUUAUAUUAUGCAUCUCUACUUCGUCCUACAAAGUGUAAUAUAUUUUUUAGUCGUAAAAGGCAGGUACAUUAUGAACUUUGUCAAAACAGAGUUGUAGUGACAUACCAAAGAAAAUAGCUUAUAUUCUUAAAUUUAUUUAGUGCACACUGCAUAUCACCUUAGUUGUUAAGAUAAAAUAUAUUUUUAAUUACUUCCAUUUGAAUAUAGGAUGCACAAAUAUUCUUGAAUGUGUCUGGAAACACAAAAUUCUAAGUUUGGAAAAAUUGUACUUAUGUGUAAAAAAUAAUUAUAAUAGUAUUUUCCCUUUUACUAUCUUAAGAAGUAGAGGGCGCUUCUCUACAUUCUAAUUUCUAGUAUACACUACAUUGGUGAAGUCUAUGGCUAAGCUCAAAAAUAUAAAUUUUGCUGGCUUACUUGGACAUUUUGGCUAUAUUUUUCAGCCCAAAUGCAAUGGGUUUUAGUUAUAUAUGCUGAAUUUAGACUUCGACUGGAGAUAUUUCUUAUUAAAUUUUAUGUCUAACUAGUCUUAUAUUUAGAGGACUACUGUUGUAAGCAAAUCCUAAAUCUGUCAAAGAAAGUCAAGUCUAAAUUACACUAUAGUAAGUUAUCGGUAGCUUGUUAUAUUUGUUAAGGGCUUGUUUUACCACUUCCUGAUAAAGCUAUUCA